AUGGCCUCUACAUGCAUCUCAAACUGUAUUAACGAUGCCCGUGUUCCGGUUAGAGCCACCUACGUGAACCUCUUCAAGUGGCCGGAAUCCGAUGCCGAGUUUGUACGAUCAGUGAGCUCCAAAACCCACCGGAAUGGCCCAAGUAGCGACGGAGGAAGCACCGCAUACGGUCGUCCCCGGGUGGUGGACAGUAUUUCAUGCAGACAAUUAUAUUUAAGAAGCUACACUUUCUCAAGGGAAGAAGAUUAUAAACAUGACGAGAAGACCAUAAAGUGCCUUGGAAGAGGAAAAGAGAAGUCUGCAGUGGACAAUAAAAGAAAAAGAAAAUCUCGUGGCCGUGGCGGCGAUCGAAGCGGCAAAAGUGGUGCAGGAAGGAGGUAUUACAAAGGGUUUAGAAGGGCUAAAGCAGUUUCAUGCGCUGCCUUGGUUUCCAUUUUCCGGAGGUUGCUAUCUUGCACCACCGAGGUCGAUGUUGCCAAUUAA